CUGGGCUCUGGUGCGGUUGUAUUUCAUCGAGUUUGAUUCAGGUCCGAGUCGCGUGCGAUCUGAAGAUGUCGUUCUCAAUCCUUGACAUUACGACCGAAAAAGAUGGCGGCAAGUCCAGGGAUAAGAAAUGGCCUUGGUUCGGAGCCCCGCUCUACGCGGCUGCCGCCUUUGUUCUUUUCUACGCCGCCGUACUGCCCAGUUUCCACAGCUAUCCGACGAUGCUGUACCAAAACGAGGAGGCACAGCAUCCAGAUGAGUUUAUCGGAGAGCGGGCGAUGCGACAGUUGGCCGAGUACUCGGCAAUCGGUAACAAAAUGAGCGGUUCCAUCAACAAUGAGGUACACACGGUAAACUUUCUGCUUCGGGAGAUCCAGAAGAUCAAGGACGAGGCCCGCACUGAUCUCUACGACAUAGAAGUGGACACGCAGUACUCUUCAGGUGGCUUCUAUUUGUGGGGCAUGACCAUUUCCUACACCAAUCUCUCCAAUGUGGUGGUGAAAAUAUCCCAGAAGAGUUCAGACAAUGAUAACUAUCUGCUGGUGAACUCCCACUACGAUUCCGAAGUCCAAACCCCUGCUGCAGGAGAUGAUGGCGUCAUGGUAGUGGUUAUGCUAGAAACCCUGCGAGUGAUCUCGCUCUCCGAGAAACCCCUUAUCCAUCCGGUGGUUUUCCUGUUCAACGGCGCCGAGGAGGCCUGCAUGUUGGGCUCCCAUGGAUUUAUUACCCAGCACAAAUGGGCCAAGAACUGCAAAGCUUUGGUGAACCUGGACUCCACUGGCGCCGGUGGACGCGAGGUGCUCUUCCAGACGGGUCCCAACCACCCAUGGUUGGCCAAAUACUAUCAGGCCAGCGUGCCACAUCCAUAUGCCCAGACCCUGGCCGAGGAGCUGUUCCAGCAUAACUUCAUACCUUCCGAUACAGACUUCCGUGUUUUCCGUGAUUACGGCGGAGUUCCCGGUCUUGACAUGGCCAGCGUGAUGAACGGAUAUGUUUACCACACCGAGUUCGAUAACUUCCGGAAUGUGGAGCGUGGAACUUACCAGUCCACCGGAGAAAAUGUGCUACCCCUGAUUUGGGCCCUAGCUAAUGCUCCUGAGUUGGAUGACACCGCUGCCCAUGAGAAGGGACAUACUGUGUACUACGAUUUCUUGGGUUGGUUUAUGAUGACAUAUACCGAAUCCGUAAGCAUAGCCAUCAAUGUGGUGGUUUCCGUGGCGGCCUUUGUGUGCAUUGGCACUUCUGUUUACAUCAUGACACUGGACAAUGGUGCAGAUGCUCCGAAGGCGGUGCUCAUGCGAUUCGGCAUCAUCUUCCUGGUCCAAGCUGGAACUCUAUUCGUUGCAUGUGGUCUGACCCUUUUGGUGGCUGUUUUUAUGCAAGGCGUGGGUCUGGCUGAAUCCUGGUACCAUGGAAAAUGGAUGGCCUUUGGCCUGUAUUUCUGCACCUUGUUCUUCGUCUUUGGCAUAUUUCCUUCGAUUUAUAUUGGACUAACGAAGAGGAAAACCAACAUGAAGUUGGAUCAGACCAUCGCCUGCUUCAUGCACGCCCAGUGCAUUCUGCUGGCCUUGCUCUGCAUCAUCAUGACCAGCAUGGGCAUCCGCUCCAGCUAUUUCCCGAUGGUCGGCAUCUUCUUCUACGCCAUUUCCGUUCUGAUCCAAAUCAUCCUGAAGCUUACGCUUAAAAAAAGCUACUUUGUCACGGUUCACCUGCUGUGCCAGAUCUUGCCCUUCUUCUUCUACACCUACAUCUGCUAUGCCACACUCCUGACUUUCGUGCCCAUGGAAGGCCGCGACGGACCAGAGAGCAGCCCGGAUGUAAUGGUUUCUGUGUUUAUCAUUGCAACAGCAAUUAACUACGCUGGCUUUGUUAUUCCCAUCAUGCACAAGUUCCGCAGGCCCAAGACUGUAUUCUCUUCGUUUGGAGUGAUCACAAUCAUAUUCAUCAUCUUGGCCUGCACAUCGGCCGGCUUUCCAUUCGUGAAGGAAGUGGCUCCCCAGCGUUAUUAUGUGCUACACACUCAACGAACUUUCCACAACUUGGAUGGCACUGUCAAACAGGACUCCGGCUACUAUAUUCAGCCUGUGGAUACGCGUCUCCAUGAAUUGGAUGACACUACAUUUAAGAACGCGGAGCCGGAGAGUUGGACAGCAGCCACCUGUGCGGCUGAGCCUUACUGCGGACUGCCAUUAUACAGUGGUCGUUGGAUAGAUUGGAAAGACUCCGCUCGUUGGAUCUACAGCACACCACCAGUUUUUCCAAUGAACAUAAAUCUCACCCAGCUAUCAAAGCAGUCUUUGGGAGGCAACAAGGUGCGCUAUGAGUACAACCUGAGGGCCAGUGAUCGUGUCAUGAUGUACAUAGAUCCCUUGGAUCAGGUCAAGGUCACAGACUGGUCCUUCGACCAGACACCUCUGGAGGAACAGCACAUACCGCCGUACCUAAUCUAUGCCAUAUACUCGCAAACCGAGGAGCCCCUUAACUUUUGGGUGGAGCUCGAGCAUAAGGAGAGCAACACAGACGGACCCUACAUGAAGCUAGUGGUUACGGAGCACUUCCAGUACCAUCCGGAGCACUACACUGAGGACUACAAAGAGUUCCUUGCAACUUUCCCCGAGUGGACCUACACCACCGACUGGUUCUCGGCCCUCGAGAGCUGGAUCGUAUGAGCGGCGAUGAGAAUAUAGACUCCAAAGUUGG